AUGAAAUCCACAGCUGUCUGUUCUCCCGUUUAUACUUUUGGAGGGCAAAUAUCGAGACCCUUAACCGUAUCCAACAAGGCAGGGAGAUCAAAACAGUUUCAAAAGCUGCUGUACAACAUGUGUCUGAAAAUGUCAUCAGAUACAAGGGAAGAUUUUGUCUCUAGUACCUAUGUGGGCUGUUCUCAGGAGACAAGCAGGAAGAAAAUGAAGCAUCUGACCUGCUUCCUGGUGUUGUUCCUCAUUUCUGGAGUAGGAAGCUUUGAUCUUGUUAUCGAUGAAAUCCCAGAUGAUGUGCAAGACCUGGUUGACCUAGAAAUUGAUGGAUUGCCUACAAGCUCUAAGACAAGAAAUGGCAGGUACCAGCGAAGCACAUCCGACUGGGGAUAUGUUGGAGACCUGGUGGAGGAUGAUGACAAGAUAGGUCUCUACAGCUACAAAGUUCAAUCCACUAUAACAUCCCGGUUGGCCAACACAAUGAUCCAAGCCAAAAUGGUGAAUAAUGCAAAUCGGCCCCAACACAUAGUGUUUGAUGUGCAGGUUCCCAAAGGAGCUUUUAUUGACAACUUUACCAUGGAUAUCAAUGGGAUAACAUUUACCAGCCAAAUUCGGGAGAAGUCUGAAGCCAGGAAAAUGUACUCUCAAGCAAAAGCCAAAGGCAAAGCUGCUGGAAUAGUAAGGAGCAAUGCUUUGGACAUGGAAAACUUCAAAACAGAAGUGAAUGUGCCCCCAGGGAUGAGGAUUCAGUUUGAACUUCACUACCAUGAAAUGAUUCGAAGGAAACUAAGCUCCUAUGAGCACCUCAUUUCUGUGAAGCCAGGACGCUUGGCAAAACACCUGGAGGUGGAUGUUCGCAUUAUUGAGCCACAAGGACUUCGCUAUGUGCACGUUCCUAAUUCACUUGGAGAUCACUUUGAUGGAAUCACCACCAUCUCCAAGGGGGAGAAAAAGGCUCAUGUUUCUUUCAAGCCAACGAUGACUCAACAACGAAAAUGCCCCAAGUGCUCCUCUACAGCAGUAGAUGGAAAUUUUGUGGUGCAAUAUGACGUGAACAGAGAAACCACUGGUGGAGAAUUGGAGAUCUUUAAUGGCUAUUUUAUUCACUUCUUUGCUCCAGAAAAUCUUGAUCCUCUGCCCAAAAACAUUUUAUUUGUUAUAGAUGUCAGUGGCUCGAUGUGGGGACUGAAAAUGAAACAAACCAUUGAGGCCAUGAAGGCAAUACUGAGCGAGCUCCGUGCUGCUGAUCAGUUCUCUCUUAUCGACUUCAACCACAAUGUCCGAUGCUGGAGAGAUAAUCUAGUCUCAGCCACCCCGGCGCAGGUUGAAGAUGCUAAGAAGUACAUCCAGGCAAUCCAUCCCAAUGGGGGCACAAAUAUCAACGAAGCUCUUCUCAGAGCCACAUUCAUCCUGAACGAAGCCCAAAACUUAGGCAUGUUGGAUCCUAACUCGGUCUCUAUGAUCGUAUUUGUGUCUGAUGGAGACCCAACAGUAGGUGAGGUAAAGCUGACAGCAAUCCAGAAGAACGUGAAGCAGAGCAUAAAGGAUGAAUUCUCUCUCUUCUGCCUUGGAAUUGGGUUUGAUGUCGAUUACGAUUUCCUGCAGAGAAUCGCGAGUGACAAUCGUGGCAUGGCCCAGAGGAUUUUUGGAAACCAGGAAACCUCUGCCCAAAUGAAGAAUUUCUACAACCAAGUCUCCACUCCACUCUUGAAGAAGAUUCAGUUCAACUACCCACAAGAAUCAGUGUCAGAUGUCACACAGAGCAGCUUCCACAACUACUUUGGUGGCUCAGAGAUAGUAGUGGCUGGGAAGGUUGACACAGAAAACCUGCAGCACUUGGAAAGCAUUGUCACAGCGACAGCAGCAAAUGCAGAGCUUGUAUUGGAAACCCUGCGAGAUGUUGAAGAACUAGAUGGCUUCAUGAAGAAAGACAGAUAUGCAGAUCCUGAGUUCACUAAAAAGCUGUGGGCCUAUCUGACUGUCAACCAGAUGCUGGCAGAAAGAAACACAGCCCCCACAGCAGCUUUGAAGAAGAACAUCACUAAAUCCAUCCUACAGAUGUCUCUUGACCAUCAUAUUGUUACCCCUUUCACAGCCAUGCUGAUAGAAAAUGCAGAAAAGGAUGAGAUAAUGCUGGCAGACCAGCCCAAAGACCCCAGAAAGGGCUGCUGCUCAGGUACUCUGGGAUUAACUCCAAAUGCACCUAAUAACAACAAAGGUAUCCCAGCCUGGGCCAAUGUCACAGCUGUACCAGUCAGCUAUAUGCCUGAGCAAAGGAGUCCUCCUGUGUCUUCUCUGAGCAUUAACAGAGUUGACAAUGACCCACAUUUCAUCAUACACCUGCCCAAGAGCCAAAGGAACAUCUGCUUCAAUAUCAAUUCAGAUCCUGGAAAGAUCCUCAACUUGGUUUCUGAUCCUGGCACUGGAGUUGUGGUUAAUGGGCAGCUCGUUGGGAGCAAGAAAGCUGAGAAUAAGAAACUCAACACAUAUUUUGGCAAAAUUGGGUUUUAUUUCAAAAACAAAGGCCUGAAGGUGGAGAUUACCACAGAAACUAUAACACUGAAAGAUGGAUCCUACAGCAUCACGCUGAAGUGGGCUGACACGGGCCACAUCAUUCGGAAACAGCUUCUGAUAUCUCUGAAGAAGGAAAACAAUGUUACUAUCGCUGUGGGUGAGCAGAUGUCCUUCAUGGUUGUGCUGCACCGUGUGUGGAAGGGUCACCCAGUUAAUGUUGACUUCCUGGGAAUCUACAUUCCCCCCGAGAACCAGUUCUCUCCUGAAGUCCACGGGCUGAUAGGUCAGUUUGCAUCUGAACCAGAAGUGUAUAUCCACCACCAAAGACCUGGGCAAGUUCCAGAGAAACCACAAGCCACUAUGGAAGUGAAAGGCAACAAACUUACUGUUACCAAGGGAUUGCAGAAGGACUACAGGACGGAGCGUGUGCUCGGGACUGAUGUGCAGUGCUGGUUUGUGCACAACAGUGGGAAAGGUUUCAUAGAUGGCCACUACAAAGAUUACCUUGUCCCCCACCUCUACAGCUUUCUGAAGAAACCCUGAUUGCUCCAACAUGUUUAUGACCCCAAAAAAUCCCCCCCAAAACAACAAACCAUAAAGGAAAAAAAACUAUCUACUCCUUCAUGCCCAAACAACUCUUCCAAAGUGUGUCUGCCAGGUUAUCAAGCCAAGUGAGCUGAAGGUGACCUAUCAUCAUUUGCCUAUGAAGGACCAGUGGUUUCAAAACAAUGUUCCCUUUCUGGCCAAAACAAUGUUCUUAGGGAACUGCUUUCUGUUGAAUGAAAUCUGUAAUAAAAUGACAUGCUGGUCUGCAGCAGGUAUCUUGCA